AUGGCAGAUUUGCCAGCAGUGUUCACUAUUUCGAAUAUAGCCUUUGGGGUCCUGUUGUACUACUUCGCAAGGACAGUGCACCGACUCUUCUUGCAUCCACUAUCCAAAGCACCUGGACCUUGGUACCUGGCCAUUUCAACGAUACCCGGUACAUACUACAUAUGUAUCAGCGGGCGCUGGAACCUGGUGAAUCGCGAACUGCAUGAGCGUUAUGGACCAGUUGUCCGAGUUGGGCCACACAAGCUUAGUGUAAGGGGAGAGAUUGGUUGGAAGGCAAUCUACGGUCAUAAAUCGCGCGAUGCGGAAGAAUGGUCAAAGUGGCCAGACUUCUUUCCGAAUGUCCCCAAGGAUAUCGUCACUGCACCCACGGCUGAACAUCGCCGGCUGAGGAAGGAAAUCAUUCGCGCGUUCUCAGACAAGGCGAUCCAGGAGCAGCAGUCGAUAUUCCAUGACUACGCAAAGAUUCUGAUCCUGCAAUGGAAGAAGCGAGAUCAGACCGUCAUUGACGUUGCCAAGUGGUUCAAUUUCUACACAUUCGACACAUUUGGCGAUCUCGCCUUUGGAGAGUCAUUUGGGUCGCUUGAGGGGGGCGAGUCUCAUCCGUGGGUCAAUUUGAUCUUUGACAGUAUCAAGAUCAACAAAAUGUCGGGCUUCCUGGAGGAGUUUCCAUUGAUCAAACAACUUGCCAUUCUGCUUACACCCGCGGAGAUCAAGCGACGCGCCACCGAGCACUUUGAGCUCAGUGAGCAGAAAAUCAGACAGAGGCUAGCACGGGGUGCAAACGACCGAAAAGACUUCAUAUCUUACAUUUGGAAAUCCGAUGGAACAGGUUUGACCCAGCAGGAACUUGAGCGAAAUGCUUCCACAUUAAUUGUCGCCGGCAGUGAGACCACGGCGACGACUUUAUCUGGUCUGAUAGACUAUCUCCUCAAGAAUCCUGAGAAGUAUGCUCGACUCACGCACGAGGUUCGCUCAACCUUCAAAGCGGGCGACGACGAAGUGACCCUGCUGGACACUGCGAAUGUUCCCUACGUCCACGCAUGCAUCGAGGAGACUUUGCGACUAUUUCCAGCUGUGCCAGUUGGAGCCCCUCGGCAGGUGGGCGCAAGCGGAGGAUCCAUUGAGAAUUACUAUCUGCCUCCGCAGACCCUACUUGAAGUUCCCCAGUGGGCCACGCACAGAGCCAGCGUCAAUUUCUGCGAUCCCGACGACUUCGUUCCAGAACGAUGGCUGCCGACCGACCAUCCUUGGUACGAUCCUAGAUAUGCCAACGAUAACAAAGGAGUCGUUCAGACUUUCUCAUACGGACCACGUGCCUGCGUGGGAAAGACCCUUGCUUAUCACGAGAUGAGAUUCAUCACGUCGCUCAUUUUCAAAAACUUCGAUUUCGAGCCCACACCGGAAGGGGCUGGCUGGGUAGAGAGGUGUGAGCACUAUUUCUUUUGGCAUAAACCACCCUUGCCAGUUAAGUUGAAGGCCGUGGCUCUGAAGUGA